CCGCCGCGCUCCCCUCUUCCCCUCCCUCUCCCUCCGGACGCCGCCACUAUUGCUUCUUCUCCCGGUGUGUUAGAUUGGAGCCUGCGCGUGCAUUUGUCGCUGCCACGGGCUGCGUAGCUCCCGACGUUUAACCAUAGGAAAAAAAACCCAGGAAUGUAAAGAAGAAAUCAAGUUGGAACGAAGUAUGGUUGUGGAUUUGGUCACCAUCUCUGUUGAGGGGAUGACAUGUGGUUCCUGUGUUUGGACCAUUGAACAGCAGAUUGGAAAACUGAAUGGCGUACAUCUUAUUAAAGUUUCACUGGAAGAAAAAAAUGCAACUAUUAUUUAUGACCCUAAACUACAGACUCCAAAGACCCUCCAGGAAGCUAUUGAUGACAUGGGCUUUGAUACUGUUCUCCACAAUCCUAACCCUGUCCCUGUUUUAACUGACACUGUGUUUCUGACUGUUGCUGCUUCACUGACUCUGCCAUGGGACCAUAUCCAAAGCAUAUUGCUCAAGACCAAGGGUGUGACAGACAUUAAAAUUUCCCCUCAGCAAAGAACUGUAGUGGUGACAAUAAUCCCUUCUAUUCUGAAUGCCAAUCAGAUAAUAGAGCUGCUUCCGGAUCUCAGUUUAGAUAUUGGAACUCUGGAGAAAAAGUCAGGAACUUGUGAAGAUUAUAGUAUGGCUCAAGUAGGUGAAGUCAUGCUGAAGAUGAAAGUAGAAGGAAUGACCUGCCAUUCAUGCACCAGCACCAUUGAAGGAAAAAUUGGGAAGCUGCAAGGUGUUCAGCGAAUUAAAGUCUCCUUGGACAACCAAGAAGCUACUAUUGUUUAUCAACCUCAUCUUAUCACAGCAGAGGAAAUUAAAAAGCAGAUUGAAGCCGUGGGCUUUCCAGCAUUCAUCAAAAAACAGCCCAAGUACCUCAAAUUGGGAGCUAUUGAUAUAGAACGUCUAAAGAAUACACCAGUCAAAUCCUCAGAAGGAUCACAGCAAAGGAGUCCAUCAUAUAGCAGUGAUUCAACAGUCACUUUCCUUAUAGAUGGCAUGCAUUGUAAAUCAUGUGUGUUAAAUAUUGAAAGUGCUUUAUCUACACUCCAAUAUGUAAGCAGCAUCGUAGUUUCUUUAGAGAAUAGAUCUGCCAUAGUGAAGUACAAUGCAAGCUCAGUCACUCCAGAAACCCUUAGAAAAGCAAUAGAGGCCAUCUCACCAGGGCAAUACAGAGUUAGUAUUAUAAGUGAAGUUGAAAGUACCUCAAACUCUCCCUCCAGCUCAUCUCUUCAAAAGAUUCCUUUGAACACAGUAAGCCAUCCUCUGACUCAAGAAACUGUGAUAAACAUUGGUGGCAUGACUUGUAAUUCUUGUGUGCAGUCUAUUGAGGGUGUCAUAUCAAAAAAGGCAGGUGUAAAAUCCAUACGAGUAUCUCUUGCAAAUGGCAAUGGGACUGUUGAGUAUGAUCCUCUACUAACUUCUCCAGAGACCUUGAGAGAAGCAAUAGAAGACAUGGGAUUUGAUGCUGCCUUGUCAGAUACAAACGAGCCAUUGGUAAUAAUAGCUCAGACCUCAUCAGAAAUGCCGCUUUUGACUUCAACUAAUGAAUUUUAUACUAAAACGAUGACACCAAUUCACGAUGGGGAAGUAAAGCCUUCGUCUAAGUGUUAUAUACAGGUCACUGGUAUGACUUGUGCUUCCUGUGUAGCAAACAUUGAACGGAAUUUAAGACGAGAAGAAGGAAUAUAUUCUGUACUUGUGGCUCUGAUGGCUGGCAAAGCAGAAGUAAGAUAUAAUCCUGCUGUUAUACAACCCCCAGUGAUAGCUGAGUUCAUCCGAGAGCUUGGAUUUGGAGCCACUAUGAUAGAAAAUGCUGAUGAAGGAGAUGGUGUUUUGGAACUUGUUGUGAGAGGAAUGACGUGUGCCUCCUGUGUACAUAAAAUAGAGUCUAUCCUCACAAAACACAGAGGAAUCUUCUACUGUUCUGUGGCCUUGGCAACCAACAAAGCACAUAUUAAGUAUGACCCAGAAAUUAUUGGUCCCAGGGAUAUUAUCCAUACAGUUGAAAGCUUAGGUUUUGAAGCUUCUUUGGUCAAAAAGGAUCGGUCAGCAAGCCACCUGGACCAUAAACGAGAAAUAAGACAGUGGAGACGGUCCUUCCUUGUGAGCCUCUUCUUCUGUAUUCCUGUCAUGGGGCUGAUGAUAUAUAUGAUGGUUAUGGACCACCAUCUUGCAACUCUUCACCAUAAUCAGAGCAUGAGUCAAGAAGAAAUGAUCAGCAUUCAUUCUUCUUCUAUGUUCCUGGAGCGCCAGAUCCUGCCAGGACUGUCCAUUAUGAAUUUGCUAUCCUUUUUGUUGUGUGUACCUGUACAGUUUUUUGGAGGCUGGUACUUCUACAUUCAGGCGUAUAGAGCCCUGAAGCAUAAAACUGCAAAUAUGGAUGUACUGAUUGUGCUGGCAACCACCAUUGCUUUUGCCUACUCUUUGGUUAUUCUUCUGGUUGCAAUGUAUGAAAGAGCCAAAGUAAACCCUAUUACUUUCUUUGACACACCUCCUAUGCUAUUUGUCUUUAUUGCACUAGGCCGGUGGCUGGAACAUAUAGCAAAGGGCAAAACAUCAGAGGCUCUUGCCAAGCUAAUUUCACUACAAGCUACAGAAGCAACUAUUGUAACUCUUGACUCUGAUAAUAUUCUCUUAAGUGAAGAACAAGUGGAUGUGGAACUUGUACAACGUGGAGACAUCAUUAAAGUGGUUCCAGGAGGCAAAUUUCCAGUGGAUGGUCGUGUGAUUGAAGGACAUUCUAUGGUAGAUGAGUCCCUUAUCACAGGGGAGGCAAUGCCAGUGGCUAAGAAAUCUGGCAGCACAGUGAUUGCUGGUUCCAUUAACCAGAAUGGGUCACUACUUAUCCGUGCAACCCAUGUUGGAGCUGACACAACACUUUCUCAAAUUGUCAAACUUGUGGAAGAGGCACAAACAUCAAAGGCUCCUAUCCAGCAGUUUGCAGACAAACUCAGUGGCUACUUUGUUCCUUUUAUUGUUGUCAUUUCCAUUGCUACCCUCUUGGUUUGGAUUAUAAUUGGAUUUCUGAAUUUUGAAAUUGUGGAAACCUACUUUCCUGGAUAUAACAGAAGUAUCUCUCGAACAGAAACGAUAAUACGCUUUGCUUUCCAAGCCUCUAUCACAGUUCUGUGUAUUGCGUGCCCCUGUUCACUGGGACUAGCCACUCCAACUGCUGUGAUGGUGGGUACAGGAGUAGGUGCUCAAAAUGGCAUACUAAUCAAAGGUGGCGAGCCACUGGAGAUGGCUCAUAAGGUAAAGGUAGUGGUAUUUGAUAAGACUGGAACCAUUACCCAUGGAACUCCUAUAGUGAAUCAAGUAAAGGUUCUAGUUGAAAGUAACAGAAUAUCACGUAAUAAGAUCCUGGCCAUCGUGGGAACUGCUGAAAGUAACAGUGAACACCCUCUAGGAGCAGCCAUAACGAAGUACUGCAAACAGGAGCUGGACACUGAAACCUUGGGUACCUGUGUAGAUUUCCAGGUUGUGCCAGGCUGUGGUAUUAGCUGUAAAGUCAUCAAUAUUGAAGGCUUGCUACAUAAGAAUAACUGGAGGAUAGAGGAAAAUAAUAUUAAAAAUGCAUCCCUGGUUCAAGUUGGCGCAAAUAAUGAACAGUCAUCAACUUCAUCUUCCAUGAUUAUUGAUGCCCAGCUCUCAAGGGCUUGUAACUUAUUUUUGAAUCAUGAACCUUUGGAGGUAUAUGAUGAAAGCUGUACGUACCCCUCAGAAAAUUUAUGUUUUGGAGAUGCUCUUAAUGCUCAACAGUACAAAGUCCUCAUUGGUAACCGGGAAUGGAUGAUUAGAAAUGGUUUUGUUAUUAAUAAUGAUGUAGAUGAUUCCAUGACUGAACAUGAGAGAAAAGGUCGGACUGCUGUAUUGGUGGCCGUUGAUGAUGAGCUGUGUGGCUUGAUUGCUAUUGCUGAUACAGUGAAGCCUGAAGCAGAAUUGGCUGUCCAUAUUUUGAAAUCCAUGGGCUUAGAAGUAGUUCUGAUGACUGGAGACAACAGUAAAACAGCUAGAUCUAUUGCUUCUCAGGUUGGCAUUACUAAGGUGUUUGCUGAAGUUCUCCCUUCUCAUAAGGUUGCUAAGGUGAAGCAACUUCAGGAGGAGGGGAAACAGGUUGCAAUGGUAGGAGAUGGAAUCAAUGACUCUCCAGCUCUGGCAAUGGCUAAUGUUGGAAUUGCCAUUGGCACAGGUACAGAUGUAGCCAUUGAAGCAGCUGAUGUGGUUUUAAUAAGGAAUGAUCUUCUGGAUGUAGUGGCAAGUAUUGACUUAUCAAGGAAGACAGUCAAGAGGAUUCGGAUAAAUUUUGUUUUCGCUCUAAUUUAUAAUCUAGUUGGAAUUCCCAUAGCUGCUGGAGUUUUUAUGCCCAUUGGUUUGGUUUUGCAGCCCUGGAUGGGAUCUGCUGCAAUGGCUGCUUCAUCUGUUUCAGUAGUACUUUCUUCUCUCUUCCUUAAACUUUAUAGAAAACCAACUUAUGAGAAUUAUGAACUGCAUGCCCGAAGCCACAUGGGACAGAAAAGACCUUCGGAAAUCAGCGUUCAUGUUGGAAUAGAUGACACCUCAAGAAAUUCUCCUAAACUGGGUUUGCUGGACCGGAUUGUUAAUUACAGCAGAGCCUCCAUAAAUUCACUACUGUCUGAUAAACGGUCCCUAAACAGCAUUGGUACCAGUGAACCUGACAAGCAUUCACUUCUGGUGGGAGACUGCAGGGAAGAUGAUGACACCACAUUGUAACAGGCCACAGAGAGUGCUACUAGCCGAUGUUGUUAUGCACUGACACAGCAUUAGUGAUGUUACCUUAACUUUUCAAAAUAUUGUGGAAGGAUUUUAUAUUGGUCUCAUGCCCUGAUGUUAAGGAUUCUAUUUGCAUUGCAUUUGUCUAAUGGAAAAAAUAUAUUUUUUCAGAGUGUUAGCUCUGAACCUAGCUUUAUUUAAAAUGAAUCUCCAGCCCUUUUUGUUUUCACUAGUAACAGAUAACAAGCCCUACAGUAACAGUAACAAGCCCUACAAUUGAAGAUUACUGAAUUGCUGCUAAAGGGAUAAUUUUUUUUUAUUUGACCAAAAAGAAAAGGCUCAAGAAAAAGGAUAAUUUAAAAGUUUCAAGAUCUGAGAGCAUGAUCUUGAGGACAUUCUUGAGUUCUCAUCCCUGUCAGGUUGGGGAACAAUGGCUUUUAAAACACUGUAAAGCAUCUGGGUUUAGAAGGAAAACAGUUAGAAACUGUUUAAAAAUAGAUGUGCCUUAUUUAUUACAGACUUUCUUCCCCCUUAUUCUCCCUGCAUCUUUGUCUUUGCAGUUGCCCUAGUUUGUUGUUUUGUUGUUCUUUCAGCUGAGCUAAGUGUAGGUGAUUGAUUGAUAAAAAUAACUGACAACUUUUCCAAUAUCUUUUUCCUUUAUCUUAUAGCCCAAAAAGACCUUAAGGAUCCAUAGGGUCCCUUGCUUCCUAUCUUUCCAUUGUUGUAAAAAAAUAGAUCAGAUUCUUCAUUCAGUGACUCUCUAGCUCUGUACAGGCUUUUCAUUCACUCCUGACGAGUUCCACUCUAAAUUGUUCUUAGUCUAUCAGCCUCAGUCCAGAAGCCUAAAAUGUUGAGCCUCUUCUACAAUUAACUUUUUCAAAGAUUAACACUACCAUCUUUGACAUAUACGGGUCAUGUGAAAUUACCUAGAUUCACUAAAUUUGUCCUUUUUUGGGAGAGAAUACAAGAUGGUAGCUGGUAUAUAUAAUUUAAUAGAUUUUAAAUAUAUUUUAGUAUUUUAGAUGACCUCUCAAAAUGACUUUAAAAUAAUGCUAUUACACAAAGCUGCAUUUACCAAAAAAAAACAUAAUAAAUUUGUAAUAUAGAAAUGAGAAUUUCCCUAGGUUGUGAUACCUUUUAGCCAAGUCUAUACUUUUCUCUAGUUUAAAACAUUUGCACUUGCUAGUAAGUGUGGUUUGCAAAUUCAGGGGCUGUUUUCAGUGCCAUACACAUUUAGAAAUUCCACUUUGAGUGCCUAGGACUUAAUACACUGAUCAGAGAUCUAGUACUUGUAUCACUAUUUAAAUUCCUCAUUUAUUGCAAGAUGGAUUUCAGAUGCAGAUUAUGGAAGUGAAAAUAAAUAAAUAAGUUCCUAAUACUUUGUUCCCAUUGCCAUACGUAAAGCUGUUGGAACAAUGCCUAGCACAUGGGAUUUGUAUUCAGUAAAUGUUAUUUCUUUUCUCCCCUUGAGGUCAGUAAUAAAUAAUUAAUAAUAAUUUUCUUAGGGCAGAAUCUAAAAUCAGGUGGGAUUGGGGAAUGGGUUUCUUCCUCUCCUACUUCCUUUCUCUCUUCUCCUUUCAUACACACACAAAAAGUUUAUAACAUUAUUCCAUCCUGUCUUUUCAGAUUUGGAAAAAAUCUCAUUUUUAUCUCAACUAUCUUUCUUUUUCUUUUCAAAUUUUUAUUUAAAUUCCAGUUAGGUAACAACAAUGCAAUAUUGGUUUCAGGAGUAGAAUUCAGUGAUUCAUCCUUUAAAUGCAACACCCAGUUAUCUCAAGUAUCUUAAAGAGAGAAUUGAAACUAUUGAGGAAGGUGCUAUUAAUCUAGAAAGGCAAACCCAUUUUAAUGAAAUAUGAAUGAGUUUGUAUAUCUAGGCUCUUUUUUAGACCAAUGCCUAUGCCAUCUUCCAUGCUUCCACUUUGAAUUUUAAUAUUUGUUUUUUAUUUUAAUUCUAGUGGUCUGUCAUACCACAAUUUGUUUCUUCUAGAAGAAACAGCCAAUAUGAUAAAUGUAUAAUAGACUUUUGGAAAAAGAAGCACCUUUCUCUCUUUCUCCCUUAUUCUUUUCUGUGUCUCUGAAACACUGGAACAUAGACAGUUACUACUUUUAUUAUUAUGUGUGUUUUUGAGUUGUCCUUUUGUCCCCCACUUGCCAAAGGACCCACAUGACCUAGGACAGCAAGAAGAGCAACCUAUAGUCUGGGAAAAAUCAAGAAUUUAAUUUCACCUCUUACUGUCAGAACAGAAAACAUGUUGUUUAGAAAGAAUCCUAUUUUAAGUAUCUGUAGUAUCUUUGAAUUCCCUACCAUAAGUCUCUUUUGUAAUCCUGAACUCCUAUUAGCUUCAUAGAGCAGCUGUAUUCACAGGAGAGAUGAUCUAGGGACAGGAUCAAAAACAUUGCUUUCAGUUAGUAACUAGCUUUAAGUAACCAGUUACUUGUGAGAACAAAUGUUAUAAAUGUAGAUGUGUGUAUGUGUUUCUCUGUUUAUAUACACACAUACAUAUGUACGCACAUAUUUACCAUAUAGAGGAAAAUGGAUUUAUAUUUGAAUUUGAUGUUUGAAUAUUUGAAACUUCUUAUAUGUUGUUCCUUUAUCACUCUUCUGUAUUCACUCAGCACCCAUGCCCUCAGUCUGAAGAUAACAAGGAUGUUUUGAUAUCCAGUGCUGGUUCUGAUUCAACUAUGGGGCACCUUUUAUCUUAAAUAUCCAAAGAUGCCUUUUGAAUUUCAAAGGUUAAAAACACAGCUAGAAUAUUUAAUGUUAUAGUCUAAAGAAGUAUGGUGGUCAGUGGUGAAAAUAGAAAUGAUAUUUUUCCUAGUUUAGUAUCAGCAUUUUAGAGUGUUAAAUUUGAUGCCUUGUGAACAAAAAAUUUUAUACUGUGCUUUAACGUUUUAAAAGCUUGUUUUUUCAGAUGCAUUCUUUGUUCAGAAUGCUUAAAAUAGCACUGUAGACAGGAUGUUUCCAAAAAUUUAAGUGUGCGUAUCUUUUAUGUACACAGCUUAAAAUCAAGAAUACAUGUUUUUUGAGAAUUUUUCUCCAUUACUUGUGAAUCUUGCUUUAAAACUAUUUUUUCCUGAUAUUUAUUUUACUCUAUUUUGUUACUUUCUUUGGGUGAGGCAUCUGGUUAUUGGUUAUUUUAAUAAGAAUAAAAACAUUCCUGCAAUCAC